CGUACAUCAAAGUAGGCAAUCAUACUAACUUACAGCUUUCAGGUUGAGUAUACUGAAUAAGGAUCAAUUAGCAUAUUUGCUAUUCUACAGGGUAAAAAGAUUCUUUUAUUCUAUGAAAUUCAACCAUUUAACUUCAUGUCUACCUUCAAACAAUUCUUGGUGUCAUAGCAGAUCAUAAUGCUUCGGCCUAUAACUGCUUCUACCAUUAAAAUCUUUUGAUAAUUUCUUCUUAUUUGACAAUUCGUUCAAAUUUUUAGAAGAAGUAAAUUCAAUACUUAUCAUUUACAUUCUAUGCUAGUGAACUGGGAAGGGAUUCGUGCUUUUUUUCAAACUGUGAAACGUCCUAGGAUACUACUUCCUCAUGCAAAGUUUCCUUCAUUCACAGAUAUUCCGAUUGGUAUUAACAGCCAUUUAAGCCGCCUAUACAGUGGCCCUGUUGACAUUCGAGGUAUUGUGCUAGACAAGGACGAUUGCAUUACUUUACCCGAUGAUAAUGAAAUUCCCAAAAGAAACCUUGAAAAACUACGAGAGUUACAAAAACAGUUUGGAAAGAGCAAUAUCUUAUUGGUGAGCAAUUCAAUUGGUUCUAAAAAGCAAGAUCCGACAGGAGAAGAAGCCGCCCAGUUUGAAGCUCGCUGGGAAAUUCCUGUACUGCGACACUCCAAAUUAAAGCCUCUUUGUGAACAAGAAGUGUGGAAUUAUUUUCAGAAAUCUACAAAAGUUGAACGUCCCGCUCAACUUUUAUUCAUUGGUGAUCGGCUACUCACGGAUAGCACUAUGGCUAAUCGAAUGGGUGCAUGGAGUUUAUGGCUACAUGUUGGAGUACAAACAUCCUCAGGUUGGAUGAACAAGUUUGAAGGAAAGCUUUACCAAACAUUCCAACCGAUGAGUCCCAUACUACCUUCAACCAACAGGAAGAACGAGAAAUGAUAAGUGUCUUUCAAAUUAUUUUUGAAUUCAUUCAAAACUCUAUUGCAGACUAUAGCACUGAUAUUGAAGUAAGUGAGAUCCUCUUUCGACAACUUCUAUCAAGAAUGAGAAGUAUCUUCCCUUCAAGGUAUUUUCAAACCACUUAGAAAAAUCUUUGACAGCUUGUGACUCUCGUCGUUUCGUAAACUAUAGAUGUGCAGAAAAAAAGAAAAGCGAAUCAGAGCAAACACAGCUUAGAAAUAAAAUCAUCAUAUUACUUUACGCAGACAGCGGAUUUCACAAAAAUUCAUAUAAAAUAAAAAAGCCAC